AUGAAAAAGGUUAGGUUCUUAACCACAGAAGAUGGAGAAAGGACAAGAAAGGUGAAACCUUUUAGGUCUUACGCCCAUGGAAAGGGAUGGAACCUCCAGAACAAGCCUCUGCUUGGAGCAGAAGCGAAGAGAGUUGAGAACAGUGGUCAGACCAAAGAACAGAGCAGACGAGAAGUCCUUUGGGCUCUUGAACCCGCUCAAGCUGACUCGUGGGCUUGGAAAAGACUCUUAAAGCUAAGACCUCUAGCUAUUCAGUUCUGCAAGUCAGUGGUGGGUAAUGGCCUCUCUUCUAGCUUUUGGUUCGACGCUUGGACUCCGCUAGGUCAGCUUAUCAAGCACUUAGGACCCCGAGGCCCUAGAGCCCUGCGUAUUAGAGAGGAUGCGGUCGUUGCGGACGCCAUCAAUGGAACCGUUUGGUCUUUACCUCAUCCCCGUUCUCAUCAGGAAGUUGAACUGCACACUUAUCUUACUACUUUCACCCUUCCUCUUUCUCUUGAUAUUGAUGAUGGUUAUGAAUGGCUUGCUAGUGAUUCCUCUGUUCCUAUUUUCAGCUCUUUCAGUACGUGGGAAGCUUUGAGACCGAAGAUGGAAGUCAAAGAUUGGCAUGAUGUGGUCUGGUUCAAAGGAACGCUUCCCAAACAUGCUUUCACCAUGUGGACGGCGAACUAUGAUAAGCUGCCAACGAGGGCAAGACUUGCGGGCUGGGGUAUGCAAAUCUCGCCCCUUUGUGCCUUCUGCUCAAACCCAAUGGAAACCCGGGAUCACCUGUUCCUGUCAUGCGCCUACAGCCUUGACGUUUGGAGUCAGGUCUUCGCUAGAUGCAACCCUCCCACCUCGCCAUUCACUAGUUGGGCGGAGCUGCUCUCCUGGAUACGACAGCCUCGUUCCAAAAGUCUUUCUCUGUUAAGGAAGCUUGUUACACAAACGAUGGUUUUUCAACUCUGGAAACAGCGGAACAAUUUGAUCCACAAUCAUAUUUCUGUCUCGGCUGCUGCUGUUUUUAUUCUUGUGGACAGAGAGUUGAGAAACAUUAUCUUUUCCAGGAGGGAGAAGAAAAGCUUUGCUACUCUUAUGGCUAAGUGGCUGCGCUAGUAUCUAGUUUCUAGUCUCUUGUCCAUUGUCUCUUGUAUUAUGUGAUGAACCUGCUUGUUUUUUCUUUCUUUUUGCCAAGUUGGUUCGGACCUAAGAGUCUACCUUUGUAAUCUCUUCUCAUCAUAUAUGAUAUUUACAGUUUAGCAAAA